AUGUUUCAACACCUUUUCUUUUUCCUUCUGCUCUAUCGUUUUGUUUGGCUCCAUGCAAGCAAUGUGCGCCAAGAGCUGCCUCCACCGCAGAAUGUAGAAUUGAUUACCUUGAACACCAACUACACACUGAAGUGGGACUGGAAUGAGACUGCAUCAAAGAGUGCAGUUGUUUCUUACACUGUACAAUAUAUUGCGCAGUUCUGGCUAGACCACAUGAAAGAGGAAAAAUGGUCUACUGUCUGUGAUAAAAAGCCUUCGAAGUCAUGCGACCUUACUCAGUGUGGCAUGCACUAUAUGGGGAAGUACAUGAUUCGUGUUUGCGCCAAUGACAAUUUCAGUCAUUCAGACUGGGUGAAGAAAGAAUUUUGUCCUCAGAAGCAUGCUGCAGUUGGUCCACCAUCCGAAAUCAAACUUUUCCCUGGUGGAAAUAACAUUGAGGUUAAUAUCUCCCAUCCACUGCCACACAAAAAGUUGGGCUUCAACAUUGUUUACUGGGAGUAUGGUGUUGACAAAAAGGACCUACAACCCCAAAUUAGCGAAACCAAGACGGGUGAAAGGGUGAUUUUGCAAGGCCUGAAAUCUUGGACACGGUACUGUGUUCGGAUCCAGUCGUAUUAUGAACCCUACAAAAAGAGAAGCAAAUUUUCCUUACCCUAUUGCAUUCAGACACAAGGCACUAUUCCUUGGUGGCAAACAUUUGUCUUCUUCCUGGGCUCAUUUGUGAUAGGUUGUGCAGUUUUCCUGCUCUUCUUGUACAUUCUGUUUGUAUGUUACAAGAUCUUCAAGGCAACAUUUUGUCCCUUGAUCCAGUUUGCACCAUUUUUCCAAAAGUAUCAUCUUGAAUCCCUUGGAUCUGAUAUUCCUCAUCUCCUGUCCAUGGGAUCUGAAGCUGAACUUUUUUGUGAUGUCACAAUUUGUCCAAAGCCAAUGGAAUGUCACAGCCCUUUGUCAAACGCUCCAUCGAUUUCCCCUUCAGGUGUGCACCAAGAUAGCGGGUCAAGUGGUCUGGACAGUCAUAAAGACAAAAGGAGAAGCAAUGACUCUGGAGUUUACUCCAGAGAAAGCAGCAAUUGCCAGCAUCUCAACAGCAGUAAAUCCUCCUCUGGAUUGACUCUUGAUUUAGAUCCUGUGAAAAUGCACCAUGUGACUCCAGCGCACAAGUGUCAAUGUAGGAUUACAGAUGAAGUUUUAUAG